AUGUAUCGAUUCAUAGAAUUGCCCAAAAAAGCAGAGGAGUACAAGCAAAACAUACAAGAACUAAGAUGGCGAAAACGUCUGAUUCUUGAAAACGCUGCGAAAAACUUGAAAGAAAGAAACUGCGAAAAGUGCCAUCCUUUUCUAAACACAUGUGUGGCGGAAAGAAGACGGGGAUUUGCAAUUGCAAAGAGCUUUGGCAGUCAUAUGGAUUUUUAUGAGUACGCAACGAGUCCAAGAAAAAUGGAAGAAAAUCAAAUUCCUGAGUGGGCGCUCGAGAAAAGCAAUUAUGUAGAUCUAGACUAUAUUUUCAAACGCAGAGGAGAUCAGGUUGUCAAAACUGCAACGAACUAUCCCAGCUCGCCACGAACGAUAAGCAUUAUUGAUGCUCCGCCUCUGAUGUAUCGAUCCGCCAAUAUCAUAAAGCAAUCCCCGUCUUCAACUACAAGCAUGCCAGAACCAUCUGGUCUUAUGGGCGACUCUCCUACAUCCUCUGCAAAUUCUGUCACUCUUCAUAUUCUUGCAAUCAUAGCUACUGUAACUGUUCAAGAGCAACAAAAAGUCAUGCCGAAAACCGAAGCGCAAAACGUAGUGAAUGUUCGAGGCUCUGGACAGAGACACAAGCUUCCUGAGCAUUUCAAACAAGUCGAACGGCCAGAAGAGAAAACAGAGGGCUUGACUGGUGGCCAAGGCGAAUUUGGCCAGGCAUGGGCCGAAGAAGCUCCAGAAGAGUGA